AUGGCGCGGAGUGAUGAGAUCCCUCAACUCGGCAGAAAGCGUCCCGCAGAUUCUGAUCCAGACGGCGCUCCUCUAACCAAAAGGUUUGAAUACCUCCAAAUAGGGAACACUCCCGGAGCGCGGCCCCGUGAUCAUCACAAUGGAUUUAACCUCAACCCUUCCACCACUUCCACUUCCACUUCCACUUCCACUUCCACUCCUUCCACGGUCUCAGCCUUGUCAGCAUCCACUACCAGUCAAGUACCCAUUUCCAAUUCUAGCCCGCCAUGCGUGACCCAAUCCGACGCGAUGAUGCUGGAUGACACCAAACACACUACCUAUAUUCAUGACCUGGAUCGGGAAUUGGCGGAUAUAGACACGCCCGAUGGAGGUCUAAUUUUUCUACCCCUCGCCGCCAAAUUGAUCUCCGUGCCGGGAUCAGUCUUGUCGACCCCUUCGCAGGGCAAGGAACUAGUUCUGUACACCGACCCGUCUUCGCUGACACUGCCCGAGGAGCAAGAUAGCGUGAGGAAAGCAAUCAUCGAAUCCAGGGCUAGGGCCAGAGCAAGGGCGCAAGCAGCGAGUAGCCACCAAUCUUUGCCGUGUUUCGAUCAUGGCCCUGUAUCAUCUUCGACCCAGGGCUUUGCGGAUACCGAUACCUCUUUAAGCUAUAGUACUGAUGACGACCCAAUGGACAUUGACUGCAAUCCUUAG